CUGUCCUUGUAGCCUCCAUGCCCCUGCUUUUCAGUUGUUUCUCCGCUGAAUUUAUCCAUAUAUCUCCUGAAUUCUUGAAAGAUUUUAUGGAUUAAUUACACACCUUUUCCAAUAAUUCAUAUAACAAAGCCUUAAUUCCAACAAUUGUUGCUCUGAAUUUCACUUCAUUCCAGAAUUGAUAUGAGCUAAUGUGAUUCAGGGAUGCAAGCCAACUCCCAUGGAGAUUGGAGGAACUUCAGCCAACAUUAUGCCGAGUUCUUCCCGGAAUCCUAGCCCGCCGUCGUCCUACUUUGCCAGUCCGGUGCCGUCGUACCAGCCGAGUCCGCUGUCCUCCUCCUGCCCAAGUCCGACUCAUCACGGCGGCGACGGGAAGAUGCCACCGCAUCCAUUUGCGUUUCUGCGCAGUGCUACUCCCUCUUCACUGCCUGCUCUGAGGAUAUCAAGCGCCCCGGUAACCCCGCCGAUUUCCUCCCCAUCACUUGUUUACAGACCUACAUUAACUUACCCAAAUCCUAAUCCUAUUCAACGAUCUGAUCUGCAUAAGCAUGGCAACACAGAGGAAUUGACCCUCACCCUGCACCCCCAGGCCACCAUUACCAGCGAAGACGAAGACGGUUCUGGCGACGGUCUUAUCACCAGCUUGCGAAGCGCAGUUUUGACGACGAAGAUUACGAUGAGUGCCAUCUUGGCGAAUAUUAGAGGAAAGAGCAUAUGCUUUGCAACUGCAAUUAUUGAACGGCUGAGAUUUGAGGAUAGCAGGAACGGGGUCGCGACUGUGGAUUGAAGGAGU